AUGUACCGGAAUAAUCGUUUUUUAACUGAUAAAUUGAGAUAUGCGAAAAGAACAACAACAAAACGAGAAUUUAAUUUCAUACCAAUAAAUCCAGAAUCCGGCGAUGCUCCAAAUAAAGAGAAAGGGGAAACUGAACAAACAUUUGCUUUAUCUCCUCCAAAAUGGGCCUCCAGUCCUCGGGACACACCAAGUGGAUCACAGAAAAAAAGGAAGAAACUACUUGUCGAUAUAUCCCUUAUUGAGCCCAUCUCUGGACUGAAAGUUUCUGAACCUAAGCAAGGCACAGAACAAGAAGAUCCAACUAUAAAUUUAGCAGCUCUGCGGGCAACAGAACUGAAAGUGCAAAAGCCAAUAAAAAGCUCAAAGAAGUCUAGAUCAAAAAAGAAACCAGAAGAUAUUUUCCAAGAUAUUAGUGGAGAAAUGUCUGAAGAAAUUCCUCUGCAAGACAAGCCUGUCAUCACAACUUUUGCUGGUUUGCCCCUGUCAGACAGUGAAAAAUAUUCAACUGAGGAAAAUACAGAGGAUGAAGAAACUCUAAGACUCGAGGAAAGUAAAUUGAAUUUGGAAAACAUUUUCAAUUCAAAUAAAGUAAAACUGAAAAAAAUCUUUGAUACCUCCCAGAAAUUGAAAGUAAAUCUUCUACAGCCUCACGAAAGUGGCAGUAAGCAGUAUUCAGUCACCCAUCUUGAUAUUCUGUGGAACUUCUUAGAAAAAACCUUACACACAAUUAUAAAAGAAUCAGAGGAUACAGAAAAAAGAAAAUUGCUUAAAAUUAUGAAAUCAUCUCUUGAGGAACAAUUUCUCAAUGCAAAGCAGGACCACUUGCAGAAAAAAGAAAUGUAUGCAGUCUUAAAAUAUAAAUCGGACAAGAUAAAAUCACUAACUGAUGAACUGUUGAACAAGAAACAGAAAAACCGACAACUGAGCUACCGCUUAUAUGAGAAAGAAUGUGAAAAGCCGCCUCCAAAACAAGAUGCUAUCUUGCACAAAUUUGAAGAAUUCUGUCAAAGUUUUGCCCAAUUCAAAAGGAACUGA